UUAGCCCGCUCGAGUUUCAAUGCGCGUUGUUGCUGGACGAAGCUGAGUGCUAUCCAGCGCUCGCAGCUCUCCCGAUCAUGGCUUCUUCGAGUUCUUUCACCUAUUAUUGUCCUCCAUCUUCCUCCCCUGUUUGGUCAGAACCGCUGUAUAGUCUGAGACCUGAGCACGCGCGGGAGCGGUUGCAAGACGACUCAGUGGAAACAGUCACGUCCAUAGAACAGGCCAAAGUGGAAGAGAAGAUCCAGGAGGUCUUCAGUUCUUACAAGUUUAACCACCUUGUACCAAGGCUCAUUUUGCAGAGGGAGAAGCACUUCCAUUAUCUGAAAAAAGGCCUUCGACAGCUGACAGAUGCCUAUGAGUGUCUGGAUGCCAGCCGCCCCUGGCUCUGCUACUGGAUCCUGCACAGCUUGGAACUCCUCGACGAACCCAUCCCCCAAAUAGUGGCUACAGACGUGUGUCAGUUCCUGGAGCUGUGUCAGAGCCCAGACGGUGGCUUUGGAGGGGGCCCAGGUCAGUACCCACACCUCGCUCCCACGUAUGCGGCCGUCAACGCGCUGUGUAUCAUCGGCACGGAGGAGGCUUACAACGUCAUUAACAGAGAGAAGCUCCUUCAGUACUUGUACUCCCUAAAGCAACCAGAUGGCUCUUUUCUCAUGCACGUCGGAGGUGAGGUGGAUGUAAGGAGUGCGUACUGUGCCGCCUCGGUAGCCUCUCUCACCAACAUCAUCACUCCAGACCUCUUUGAAGGCACGGCCGAAUGGAUAGCCAGGUGCCAGAACUGGGAAGGCGGCAUUGGCGGGGUGCCAGGGAUGGAAGCCCACGGUGGCUACACCUUCUGUGGCUUGGCUGCGCUGGUGAUUCUCAAGAAGGAACGUUCUUUGAACCUGAAGAGCUUGCUACAAUGGGUGACCAGCAGGCAGAUGCGAUUUGAAGGAGGAUUUCAGGGCCGCUGCAACAAGCUGGUGGAUGGCUGCUACUCCUUCUGGCAGGCAGGCCUCCUGCCGCUGCUGCACCGAGCACUCCAUGCUCAAGGUGACCCUGCCCUCAGCAUGAGCCACUGGAUGUUCCAUCAGCAGGCGCUGCAGGAGUAUAUCCUGAUGUGCUGCCAGUGUCCAGCUGGGGGGCUUCUGGACAAACCUGGCAAGUCACGUGACUUCUACCAUACUUGCUACUGCCUGAGCGGCCUGUCCAUUGCCCAGCACUUCGGAAGUGGAGCCAUGCUGCACGACGUGGUCAUGGGUGUGCCCGAAAAUGUUCUGCAGCCCACGCACCCUGUGUACAACAUCGGACCUGAUAAGGUGAUCCAGGCCACCACACACUUUCUGCAGAAGCCAGUCCCAGGCUUUGAGGAAUGCGAAGAGGAGGUGACCUCAGGUCCUGCCACCGACUAGAGGACCCCAUGGCUCCCCCAGCAGCCCCGUCAGACAGGGUUUCUCCGUUUGGGUGUACAGCACGCUCUGUGCUACUUGAGCCUUGGCCACUGUGGAAUUGUGGUUUCUUUGUCCUUUCCUGUCAAACAAAACAAAGCCAUCAGCUCUGGGUUGGAAUACACAGCGGUGUGAUUUUUAAAAUUAUUUUCAUACCUGUCAAACCAAAACUCUGGAAGCCGAUGUAGCAAGCCGGUUUGGAGAGCAGUGCAUGCUGGGAAGCAGCAGCCAGGCCCACGAUGCUGACAUGGAAGGUAUCUGUGAGCAUUUGCAUCCCAGCCAGUGCUGUCACCCCCACCUACACACCACCAUUCAGUCACCAGACCUGCGUCCUCACUGGUAUACAUGUCAGCUCUGUGCAAGGGUGGGGCUGUGGGUCCAGCCAGUAUGAGCUCUCUGGAACAGAGCACUGAGCUCCACUGGGGCAUAUUUAUGCUCAUCUCUUCCACCCCAGUCAUCUGCAAAGGACAGGGGCUGGGAAUGAAGGAGGGUCUUAGAUUGACAGCUCCUCACAACCUGGGGAGAACCGAGUCACGUAUCUCUCUGAGGCCAUGUUUGGUAUGAGCAAGACUUUUGCCCUUGGUAUGAUGAGUACACCCAGGUAAUCAAUUAUGAGUGGAAAAACCAACCUCUAGGUCAACCCUGUGCCAGAGGAAGCUGCUUCCCCAUGCCCAGCCCCCGCCUCUCCCAUCAUGUUCCAGGAGAGGCUCUCCUAGGGCAGGGCUGCAGCCUCGGCUCCUUCUAGUCCUUCCUCCCCACACUCCCCUCCAGGACAGUGCUGUCUCUUCUUGUCCAGAGUGUUAACACUACUAAGGCUUUCACCUUAACUGAUCACUCAGGAUUUAUUCCUGCCCUGGCCAUUCCAGGCUCUCUGAAACAGAGGCAAAUGCUAGGCAAGCUGGCUGCUGCUGGGACAGUAGCCUCAGGUGGUAGGGCAAGGGCUGUUGGUGUGCCGAAUCCUGGAGCUGCCCCUGUAUCGGCCGUCUCACGGUCUGUAGGGGGCUGAGUGUGGUCAUCCACCCACUGCUACAGUCAUAGCAAGCUCCUGUCACCGUCCAGCCUGUGUGAGCAGGCAGACGGGAGCUUGGAGACACAGUCUGAGGUUCUUCCCCAAACCACUGGCCAUUUGCUGCCUCUGAUUCCCUAUUGCUUUGGCGUACUGGGCUAUGUAUUACCUCCUUGAAAUAAUAAAAGAGUAACAUUUUC